AUGGACCUGGUCAGGAAAAGAAGACCAGAUGACAACGAGAAUGAAAACCUCCAUACCCCUGAUUCUAAGAGGACCAAGAGGGACCAGGUCUUAGAGGACUCUCGUGCUAAACAGUUAACCAACAACGACAAUGGAGGAAACCAAAGCAACAUCAAUAACACCAAUCGUGAGAGAGUUCCUGGGAACAACUUAUACGAGGAUACUGCUGAAGAAGAUGCCAACAUCCAUGAAUUAUUACAAGAGACCUAUGAAGUAAUCCAAGAGGGAGAUCCUUAUACCCACAUUAAUAACAUCUUGAGGGAAGCUCAUUUCUACAGCCGCCAGCAGAGAGGACAUUAA